CCCUAAACUUCGAAGGGAAAGGAAGAAAGAAAGAAAGAAAGAAAGAAAGAAAGGAAGGAAAGAAGGGAAUUGACGUAUAUACAAUCUUUCUAUCAUCUUUUUUUUUGUCUUUUUAAUUGAUGUUUUGACGCUGGGAAUUUAAUUGAAAGGAUAUUACCAGAAAAAAAAAAUAUUGACGUCCAUUGUUACCAGAUAAAAGAAAGGAGGUUAAUAUAAGAGAAGAUGAAGAUUCUGCACAAGAUCCUCGGCAGUUUACUUGUAUUGGGAAGCUGCUGUGUGGUGACCUCCUGGGGAGCGGCGUGCCCCGUGGAACACACCUGCACCACCUAUGGCCUGGAGAAGCUUGACACGGACACGGGGGAGGCUGCGUUCUGCCAAGGGCUCGGGAGUGUUCCGAUCUGCUCUGGAAUCGAUGUAGAGGGCAAACCUGUCGACAACUCUGGCAAUAACAACAAUAAUAAUACCACUGAACCGGGCACUGGUACUACAACUGUCACCGUGACUGGCCCUACCACUACUGUAACCGUCCCUUCCACUAGUACAGUUACGGAGUCUAGCAGUGUUACCGUCUCGAUUACGACCACCUCUACCCUUACGAUCACGGAUGGGGAGCCUUCAACGACUACGGUAACGAGUAUUCAGCCAACCACGACGACCGUCACCGUCCCUCUUGAAGCUACGCCUAGUUUGACCAUCUCUCCUAUCUCCGUUACCGUCACAGCCUCCUUCAACGAGCCGGAAUACUCCUACGCCGUCACUGAAACCAUUACGCUGACCCGCCAUGCUACUGAGACCGUGGACCCGCCUAACACCACGAGAAAACCACCAGCCUGCGAGCCGGCGUCCUGCAUAGGGAAGACAGCGGGGAGGUAUGCCCAUCAGGAGUGUGACUGCCAGCUGCAUUACUCGUGUUUCCCUUCGCCGACAGAUGAGAGUGUCUUGGUCCUGAGGAAGUAUAGAUGCCCGGGUAAAGGAAUAUAUGACCCCGAGACCAAGAAAUGCACGUCCGAUCGCUCUGUGUGUCCUUUCUGAUAGUGUUUUGGUGUUUAAGUAAAGGAGGCUUCUGAGCGCCAUUCCCUGGUACAUGAAACCCAGAACAGACGCCUCCGCCUCUCAAAGGAGAUCAAUCUGGUCCUCACGAGUGUUUUCCAUAUUUAGGAGGGGGUUCAUGGUCCAGAAGAAGGGUCAGACCACCAGGGCCAUUAAUCAUGAAUCAAUGGGGGGCAUACACCGGGGAGCUCGUCGCUACGCCCACCUUACGACGUUCCUUCCGGGCGGGUCUCCAUGCAGGCCCCUUCCCAACUCGAGUACCCUCCUUCAGGAUCUAUCGUCUUGCUCAAGUUACGAAUUCCGUGGGCGUCCCCUUGGCCUCCCCCACUCAGGAUUGCCUCGUAUAUACAGAGUAAGUACAGGGUAACGUGCCACGUGCCCGUAUAGCCGGAGUUAGCGUUGACAGAUUAUGCAGGCCAUUAACCCACCCCUGGAAAUGCCCCCAAGCUCCUACGAAAGCCUUGUCAAAUUCCUGUGCCCGGAUGCCGAAGUUUUAAUGUGUAGCUUUGUUGUGUUGUAGUGCAUAGUGUUGUUGUGUUAGUAUGUGUUGUUAAGUUUGUCUAUGAUACUACAGCAAACAUUAUAUAUUAGUUUAAACUCAUCGCUAUAUAAGAAAAAAAAUAUUUCGGUAGCCUAUUGAUGUAUGUUUUGAUAAUUCCACUCUUCGGUAUAUAUAGAAGUUUUGCUGUACUAUUUUUAACUAGGACAUUGUUUUAUUUGUUUUAUUUGUUAUGUUUUUCUGAUGUAUUUGUGUGUGUGUGUGUGUGUGUGUGUGUGUGUGUGUGUGUGUGUGUUGUUGUUGUUGUUGUUGUUUUUGUCUACUUUGUUCUACUUUCGCUUCUAUCAUUUACUUUUUCUAAUGUAGUUGUAUUUAUUUAUUUAUUUAUUUAUUGUAUUUAUUGUAUUAAUAUAUAUGAAAUGUAUUUAUAUAUUUACGUAUUUAUA